CAGAAAUCUGAGACACCUGUGUGAUGUUACCUGCUGAAUAAUAGAGGAGCAGAGAUCCUGCUGGCCAGGAAAUGGGAUACCAGUCGGCAGAGCUUAUCUGAUAUCUGAGCUCCCAGCAGCUGCAUUAACAAUUACAGAGAAAGAACCUUCCUGAUAAUUACUCUGCACAGUGCAGUUUAUGGAACGGAGAGAGUAGGAGUCUGCUGGAGGACACAGCGCACAGCUCCUGGCAAGGGGAGGUUUGGGGAGAGCAGAGGGAUGGACUCCAGGCUCUGGGGGCGAGGGCGGCAGCGUGAGUAGGGCAGGGACACAGCACAGCGGAGAAGCCAGCUCAAGGCAAAGCUGAGCAGAGCCAGGACAGCAGCUGGAAGUUUCUGAGCAGGCCAGGCAGAGACCUGUCCUGUGCCUGGUGCUGCAAAGCCACUUUCCAGGCCCUGGAGGUUGGCGCACACUGGCCACAGCACUCUGGACCUGGCAAAGCUCAUUUCCAUGUCGAGAGGAGGGGAGAUGGUUUAUAUCCCGGACGACUCUGACUUCAGCUCAUUCAGGGACCAGUGCGAGAGCCUGGAGGGCUGGCAUAGCCAGUACAACAAGGGUGGGGUGAUGGUGUGGAGCCAGACACCGGGGGAGAGCCGGACAGUGCAGAAAAUCAAGCUGCGCAUCGCCUGCAAGGACGUGCCGGCCGCGACACUCUAUGACGUGCUGCACGACACCCACUACCGCAAGAAAUGGGACUCCAACGUCAUUGAGACCUAUGACAUUGGGCGCCUGACAGCCAAUGCCGAUGUGGGAUACUAUGCCUGGAAGUGCCCGAGCCCCUUGAAGAACAGGGAUUUUGUCACCCUGCGCUCCUGGCUGCCCCUGGGCAACGACUACAUGAUCAUCAACUACAGCGUCAAGCACCCAAAGUACCCACCACGGAAGGACUUUGUGAGGGCCGUGUCCCUGCAGACGGGCUACCUAGUCAAGGCCAAUGGCCCCCACGGCUGCACCCUCUACUACCUCACCCAGGUGGACCCCCGAGGUUCGUUACCAAAGUGGGUGGUGAACAAAAUGUCGCAGUUUGUGGCGCCAAAGGCCAUGAAGAAGAUCUACAAGGCGGGGCUGAAGUACCUGGAGUGGAAGCAGAAGCACGAGCCUGGCUUUAAGCCCUGGGUGUACCCAGAGCAGAACACGCUACCCAGCAUCAGCCUGGCCGAGCUGUCCCUGCAGCACGCCGACUCCCUGGAGAACAUUGAUGAGAGUGGCCUGGCUGAGGACAGGACGCACAUCAGCGAUGACGAGGCCUGAACGGGGCCCGCAGCCACCCUGCGCCUGCCAGCAGGGCUGGGGAGAGGCCGUGCCCCUGCCCCUCCACUGCAUGCUCAGGGGCAUUCAGCACCCACAGGAGCCUGGCAGUGGGUUGGGGGCAUAGUUACAAAUUUGUCUCCAGUGUUCUUGGUGUGAAUGUAUUCUUCAGCAUCUUUUCAUCCUGCUCCUGGUAUACGGAUCCCUCUGCUUGGGAGAGAGAACUGCCCCGACCCACCCACCUGGCACACAGAGCCCUUUGCUCGGGGGAGAGAACUACCCCGACCCACCCACCUGGCACACAGAGCCCUCUGCUCGGGGGAGAGAGAACUGCCCCGACCCACCCACUUGGCACACAGAGCCCUCUGCUCGGGGGAGAGAGAACUA